AUGUCGUCUCCGAACAACUACACGCAAGGAUUCUCUGCUGCAGUCUUAGCUUCGCACUCCUCUCGAACCGCGCAAAACUCCUGUGCGUACCUGCUGCUCCAUCUCAAGCCGACAGAUCGCAUCCUCGACGUAGGCUGUGGUCCCGGCAGCAUCACAGUAUCUCUGGCGGCAUACGUACCGGAGGGCCAGGUCAUCGGGGUCGACUCAUCAAAGGAGGUAGUGGAGAUCGCAAACGGGCAGGCGCAACGUCCCAGCAAUUGCAGCUUUGCUGUUGGCGACGUAUUUAAAUUACCAUUCCCCGAUGGGAGCUUCGGUGUCGUUCACGCCCACCAGGUGCUGUUGCACCUCCCUGACGCGACGCGGGCGCUGGGCGAGAUGCGAAGGGUGUGCCGAGUUGGUGGGAUUGUCGCAUGCAGAGAAGGCGAUUGGGAAUCGACAAUCGUGCAUCCCGGAGGCCCCAUCAUCGACCAAUGGAAAGCGAUAGCAGAGAAAGUGUUUCGCAAUGCUGGUAGCGAGCCGAACGGGGGUAGGAUGUUGAUCACCUGGGCGCUCAAAGCCGGCUUUGCGGCAGAGAAAAUCAAGUUCACGAUGGGAAGCCAGACAUACGCUGGUCAGCCUGCAGCGAGCUGGUGGGGGGACAGCUUUGCGAAAAGAUACAGUCAAGGAGAGUGGCGAGAGAAGGUUCUGGGACAGGGAUUGGCGUCCAGCAUAGAAGUUGAUCAAAUUGGCGGGGCUUGGAGAGACUGGGCAAAGGACGAGGCAGCUAUAUACUCGAUAGCGUGUGGUGAAAUCCUGUGCUUCAAUUGA